UCGUGUUUUAUCUGUAAACGAUUAGAGACCGUCCGAUCAAAUAUUAAUGGGUCACACCUCAUCUCAACGUUCCAGAUUGUUUCAAUUACCUGCACCAGACCACAGCUGAAUUCUCACCCUUCUCUUCUUUUUGUCUAUAAAAUGAGAAGCAACCGUUAAUUCUGUUCACUCCCUCCAUUUUUUUUUUCUCUUUUCGAAAUCUCCACUUUGACUCCAUUGAAAGAAGAAGAAUCCUAAAAUCAGGAUAGAAAAUUAGGGUUUCGAUGACGAUGAAGUGGGGUAACUGUUGCAGGAGAUGUAAACAGGCCACUGUCGUGACUAAUCACGUUGAGAGGAGGACACGAUGCUCCGGGUGUGGUCUUGAAUUUAAAUAUCGCUCGAUCGGAGAUGGUGUCCAUGUAGCAGAGAACAAUACUGUUCGUCUCUCUGAUCCGACGAACCCAGUUUUAAGCAAUAGUGGUCUCUCCAUUGUCACAACCGAGCACAAGAAUGGCUCAUUCGAUGAUCCCUUGUCCCCUAAUCUUGAAAAUUCGUUGAAACCUCGCUUGGAUCCAGUCUCUAUAGCCACCACCGCGCCGAAGAAUGGUUCCUCCAAUGAUUUCUUGUCCCUUACUCUUGGAACUUCGCAGAACUCCGAGACGAUUACUGCUUCUUCCGAUGAAGUCUUGCGCUCUGAUCUUGGAAAUUUUCAGAAUAAAGCUUUGUCCAUCGAAGCUAUUUCCGAUGGGUUGGAUCUUCCUGCGACAAUCAAGGAUCAUGCUAAUGAGAUCUUUAAGGAAGUGGAGGAUUACAGCAGAGGAAAGGAACGAAACGUCCUGUUUGCUGCUUGUAUCUACAUUGCUUGUCGAGAGAAUGAUAGCACUCUGUCUAUGGGUGAAAUAUCUAAGGUUGCCAAUGAAGCCACAAUUUCGGGUAUUAGUAAGACAAUUGGGUUCAUAGCUGAGAAACUGAACAUAGACAAAAAUUGGUUGAUGAAUAUCAAAGCUACUGACUUUAUAAAGCGGUUUUGUUCUGAACUGGGAUUGGAUAGCGAAGCAGUUGAAGCUGCUCAAGCAGCUGCGGAAACUUAUGAUUAUAUUAGUAUUGGCCGUAGGUCUCCUGUAUCAGUUGCCGCAGGAGUCGUAUAUGCCAUUGCUCGAAUUUCUUAUGAGAAGAAGCUGCUCAAAGGUAUUAUCGAAGCCACUGGAGUUGCAGAAAACACGAUAAAAGGAACAUACGAGGACUUGCUUCCAAAACUGCCAACAAUAAUACCCAAGUGGUUUGCUAAGGCAAAGGACCUGAAAAACCUUGGCGGUUCUUAGAUCUUGAUGUGCGAGGAUACAAGCAAUCUCACUCAAAGAAGCUUUUGUUUUUCCAUUUUUUUCUGAAGCCCUUUACAAGAUUCUUCCUAUGCCUCGUAGAAUUUUUUUUUUUUAAAAAACAUAAAGUUGUACA